AAUACACUAGUCAUACCGUGGUCACUAUUAUAUUCGCUCGGCAUAAGCUUCGUUGGCUAGAACGUCAACGUCAAUUUGAGGUCCAAAUGGUAUACACGCAAACUUUAAUACAGUGAAUUGUUGUUGAAAAAAACUAAAUAGAUAAUCAAAUAAAGCAAUGAUUCUGCUAACUAUGAUUGCUCGAAUAAGUGAUGGCUUGCCAUUAGCAGCUGCUAUGCAAGAAGACGAACAGACUGGUAGAAGUAUAUUGGAGUUCCAGAAUCAAGCAAAAAUGUUAUUCAGAAAACUUGGUCCUCAGUCUCCUUCUCGGUGUAGCAUAGAAACUGGUCCAUAUCUAUUUCACUAUCUAAUAGAAAAUGACGUAUGUUAUUUAGUUUUGUGUGAACAUAAUUUUAGUAAACGCACAGCUUACAGUUAUUUAGAAGAUAUUGCUCAGGAGUUCCACAGUCAAUAUGGUAGAAAAGUAAAUACAGUUACCAGACCAUAUACAUUCAUUGAAUUUGACACAUACUUGCAGAAAGCAAAGAAACUUUUUUCUGAUGGCAGAUCUAGACGAAACAUGAAUGCUCUAAAUAGUCAACUUCAAGAUGUUCAAAGAAUUAUGGUACAAAACAUUGAUGAUGUUCUCCAAAGAGGAACAGUUCUUUCAGAAUUGGAUACAAAAACACAGAAUUUAUCAAUGUUAUCUCAGAAAUACAAAAAAGAUGCUGCUUAUUUAAACAGCAAAUCAAUGUAUAUCAAAGCAGUGGCUGGAUUAAUUGCAUUUUCGGUAUUUGUUUUGUACUUUUUUAUUCUUUAGUGAUAAGAAAGCUUGCCAAACUAUUCUUUAUUUUGUAAAGGGCUGAUUUUAUACUCUAUAAAGUUAAAGGUAUUAUUUAUCAAACUAUUAUUUAAAUAUACAAGUCGUUGAACAGCUUUGUUUGAAUAAUUCCUUUUAUUUUUACCUGAUAGAAAUAUUUUUAACUAUCAAGGUAAUUUUUCAAUAAUAAUUUGAACAUAGAACUUUUAAGUAAUCAUAUAGUAAUUUAAUUUUAAAAUUAUUUGCAAGAUAGAAAUGCAUUUGGUUGACGUUUUGUGGAAUAAGUGUCUGCAUUGUAACUAAGAGGGACUAUGUAUUAUAA